CACCAGCCACCUGGGCAGGACUGCAGAUAUCUGGGGUCAACACAAACAUCUCUGCUGACAACUACAGAUUUAUCAGCAAGACUGGUAAAAGCGUGACUGUCCAAGAUGCCUGUCCCGCCCCCUCCAGCACCCCCACCGCCGCCCACCUUGGCUUUGAACCUAAAGGAGCCAGUGCUGGUGGCGGUGGUGGCUUUGGCGGAGGCGGCGGAUUUGGCGGAGGAGGUGGCAGCGGUGCUGGUGGUGGUGGUGGUGGUGGCAGCGGUGGCGGUGGCAGCUUUGGAGGGGGUGGACCACCCGGCUUGGGAGGACUGUUCCAGGCUGGAAUGCCGAAGCUGAGAUCAACAGCCAACAGGGAUAAUGAUUCUGGAGGAAGCCGACCCCCGAUUUUGCCACCAGGAGGCAGAUCCACAUCUGCCAAACCUUUCUCACCCCCAAGUGGCCCAGGGAGGUUCCCUGUGCCUUCUGCGGGCCACAGAAGCGGACCCCCAGAGCCUCAGAGGAACCGACUGCCUCCCCCGAGGCCCGACGUGGGCUCAAAGCCUGAUAGCAUCCCCCCACCAGUACCUAAUACGCCAAGACCCAUUCAAUCAAGUCUGCACAACCGCGGGUCCCCUCCCGUGCCUGGGGCCACCAGGCAGCCCAGCCCUGGGCCGACUCCUCCCCCUUUCCCCGGAAACAGAGGUGCUGCUUUUGGAGGAGGCUCCGUCCGUCAGACCCCCUCAGGCUCCUCCUCACCCUUCUCCAACAGGCCUCCCCUGCCCCCUACCCCGAGCAGGGCCUUGGAUGACAAACCCCCUCCGCCGCCUCCUCCGGUGGGCAACAGGCCCAGCAUCCACAGAGAAGCGGUCCCACCUCCGCCCCCUCAGAACAGCAAGCCCCCGGUGCCUUCCACUCCGCGGCCUUCCUCUUCGUCACAGGCCCCACCUCCGCCACCGCCACCCAGCAGGCCCGGCCCGCCCCACCUGCCUCCGGGUUCCAGCGGCAGUGACGAAACCCCAAGGCUCCCCCAGCGGAAUCUGUCCCUCACGUCGUCUGCACCGCCCUUACCUUCACCUGGACGUUCUGGCCCGCUUCCUCCCCCGCCCAAUGAGAGACCCCCUCCUCCAGUGAGGGACCCACCAGGCAGAUCAGGCCCUCUCCCACCACCUCCUCCAAUAAGCAGAAAUGGCAGCACGUCUCGGGCCCUGCCUGCCACCCCACAGUUGCCAUCCAGAAGUGCAGUAGACAGUCCCAGGAGUGGGACCCGACCUCCCCUUCCUCCGGAUAGGCCUGGUGCUGGGGCACCUCCCCCACCUCCACCAUCGACAUCAAUUAGAAAUGGUUUCCAAGACUCUUCAUGUGAAGAAUUCAAAGAAUUAGAAAAUAUUUUAGGAAAAUUUCCAUGA